GAGGUGAGGGCCGGCGGUUCCAGACUCUCGGGUCCUGGGGAGAGUGGGGGCUAGAGGGCUGGAAGACUUGGGUCCCGGGGGAGGACGAGCCGGGUGCCAGUACUUCUAGGUCCUGGGAAAAGAAGAUUCGGGGGCCUGGACUCUUGGGUCUGGGGGAGGUGGGGGCCGAGCUCCUGGAUUCCCGAGUCUGAGGGAGGAGGGUGUUAGAAGCCAGGACUCCUGGGUCUGCGGGCCCGGACUCGUGUGUCGGAGGAAGGGAAGGCCGGAGUCCUGGAAUCUUGGGUCCCGGACCACGCCGCCAUGCCUCCCUCUGGAUCCCGUGGAGCCCUACUCCUGCCACCGCUCCUGCUGCUGCUGGUGCUGCUGCGCGCUGUGCUGGCCGUGCCGCUGGAGCGGGGGACGCCUAACAGAGAGGAGAGUCCCGCGACCGAGAGCCCCGACACAGGUCUGUACUACCACCGGUACCUCCAGGAGGUCAUCAACGUGCUGGAGACAGACGGGCACUUCCGGGAGAAGCUGCAGGCUGCCAACGCGGAGGACAUCAAGAGCGGGAAGUUGAGCCGAGAGCUGGACUUCGUCAGCCACCAUGUCCGCACCAAGCUGGAUGAGCUCAAGCGACAGGAGGUGUCGCGGCUGCGGAUGCUGCUGAAGGCCAAGAUGGACGCUGAGCAGGAGCCCAAUGUGCAGGUGGAUCACCUGAAUCUCCUGAAACAGUUUGAACACCUGGACCCUCAGAAUCAGCACACGUUUGAGGCCCGAGACCUGGAGCUGCUGAUCCAGACGGCCACCCGGGACCUCGCCCAGUAUGACGCAGCCCAUCACGAAGAGUUCAAACGCUACGAGAUGCUCAAGGAACAUGAGAGACGCCGUUACCUGGAGUCACUGGGAGAGGAGCAACGAAAGGAGGCAGAGAGGAAGCUGGAAGAGCAACAGCGCCGGCACCGAGAGCACCCCAAAGUCAACGUGCCUGGCAGCCAAGCCCAGUUGAAGGAGGUGUGGGAGGAGCUAGAUGGAUUGGACCCCAACAGGUUUAACCCCAAGACCUUCUUCAUACUGCAUGAUAUCAACAGUGACGGUGUCCUGGACGAGCAGGAGCUAGAAGCCCUCUUCACCAAGGAGCUGGAGAAGGUGUAUGACCCCAGGAACGAGGAGGACGACAUGCGGGAGAUGGAGGAGGAGCGGCUGCGCAUGCGGGAGCACGUGAUGAAGAAUGUAAGGGGGGGGGCCAGGCGGGCAGGGGAGGGGCCCAGCUCUGUCACUUACCCUCAUCUGGCUCCCCAGGUGGACACCAACCAGGACCGCCUCGUGACCCUGGAGGAAUUCCUCGCAUCCACUCAGAGGAAGGAGUUUGGGGACACUGGCGAGGGCUGGGAGACGGUGGAGAUGCACCCUGCCUACACCGAGGAAGAGCUGCGGCGUUUCGAGGAGGAGCUGGCUGCCCGGGAGGCCGAGCUGAACGCCAAGGCCCAGCGCCUCAGCCAGGAGACAGAGGCUCUAGGGCGGUCCCAGGGCCGCCUGGAGGCCCAGAAGAGAGAGCUGCAGCAGGCUGUUCUGCACCUGGAGCAGAGGAAACAGCAGCAGCAGGGCCUCAACGCCCCCGCCUCCAACCCUGAGGGGCAGCUCAAGUUCCACCCAGACACAGACGAUGCGCCUGUCCCAGCUCCAGCCGGUGACCAGAAGGAUGUGGAUGCUUCAGAAAAGAAGGUUCCUGAACAGCAGCCCCCUGUGGUGCCGCAGCUGGAUUCCCAGCAACUGUGACCCUUCAGGGACCCCCAGCCCUAUGGGUUCCUACAUAGGCAGCUGAUGGGAGCCCAAUGAAGUGUCAUAAUCAGCCUUUCCCGGGGCCAACAACAUUUGUGGCCCCCUGUGGGCAGAGGGACAGGGUGGCAUUUGACACAUUGCUGCCAGGCCCCGUAUCUGCCUGUCUCAGCUUUCACAGCCUCCAAGUCUAUGGUCAGUCCCUUCUGUGCCCCUCCCAGGGGCCUGCCCUCUCUUGCGUCUGGAUCAGCUUAACUUAGGGAAGCUCCCUGCCUCCCUCCCGAGAGGAUCCUGCCUUCCUAGACAGCUUGGCCUCAGCUGCCCAGGUCCCGGCCGCUCCAGCUGUCUGUAUCCUCACAGUGACGGGAACGCUGCCUGCUGCUCUGGGCCCGGCUUCUGUUGGUUUAUGGGAUUUGGGAUGGUCCCUCGAGGGAGACCUGCUACCUUUUGCAAGACGAGCGAUGCCUCAAAGACAGUGUCUUCUGCACAGCUAGUGCUGAGGGUCAGGGCAUCAUCAGCGUAGCUGUCACCUCCCACGCCAGGAGCCUGGGUCUCCCUGAGCCCCUGGCUUCCCAGCACCUCGUCACCAGCUCCUCCCUGACCUCUUGGCCCCCAGCCUCAUGUGGGAGGCCCUGAAGGGUGACCCGCCACCUUUCUGGCCUCAUCUCACGCUGCUCCGCAUCCUGCUCUGUGCUCUGGUUCCAUCUGAAUACACUUUCUAGGACAAAUACA